AUGGACGAUCCCUGUUCAAAUGGGCUGCAGGAGGCGGAGCAGGAGGUGAUGCCUUCGGGACAGCCGGGUGUGGAGGGACCCCCCGCGGUGCAGUCCUCCCAGGGAGCAGAUACAUCUGGAGGUGAGGAAAUGAGGAAGAGGAGGAGGAGGAGGGCUACCGAGCAGCUGGAGGAGGUGAAGCUGGAGGCGGUGCAGGACAACAACGUGGAGCUGGUGACGGAGAUCCUGGGCGACAUCAGCGGCCUGAAGGUGAAGGACGACAGCGCGGCCGAGCUGUCCCGCAUCCUGCUGGAGCCGCACUUCCAGUCUCUUUUGGAGGCUCACGACAUGGUGGCGUCCAAAUGCUAUGAGGUGCCCCCCCCGGCCGAGACGGCCAACGACGCGGCGGUGAACAACGCCCUGAUGCAGGCCGACGCCGUGCGCAUGAUCGGCAUCCGGAAGAAGGCCGGAGAGCCCCUGGUGAGCAGAGGCCGAGUCCCCGAGAGGCUCCCGGGUGAUGACCGGUGGGGGGCGCUCUAUACAGAGGGUAAAGGGGGGUUCCCGCGUUCUAUUUUCCAGGGCGUCACCUUCCGCGUGGAGAAAGAGGACCUGGUCAUCGCCCGGAUCCUGCACGGCGGCAUGAUCGACCGGCAGGGCCUGCUCCACGUGGGCGACAUCAUCAAGGAAGUCAACGGGAAGGACGUGGGCAACAACCCCACCGAGCUGCAGGAGAUGCUGAAGGACUGCAGCGGGGCGGGUUUAUUCUUGAAAAUUGAAAAAAAGGUUUGCGGUUUUGGAACUGAAAUGAACAACAUACUGAUCUCAGGCGUCCGUGUCCGAUCACCUCAGGUGUACGUGAGGCCGUAUUUCGACUACGACCCGGCCAACGACAACCUGAUCCCCUGUCGAGAGGCGGGAAUGGCCUUCAAGAGGGGCGACAUCCUCCAGAUUGUCAACCGCGAGGAUCCCAAUUGGUGGCAGGCGUGCCAGGUCGUGGGCAGCGCCACCGGACUCAUACCCAGUCAGUUCUUGGAGGAGAAGAGGAAAGCGUUCGUCCCCAGAGACUUGGAUGGAUCGGGAAUACUUUGUGGCACCAUAGCUGGAAAAAAGAAGAAGAAGAUGAUGUAUCUUACAGCUAAGAACGCAGAGUUCGACAGACACGAGCUGCAGAUAUACGAGGAAGUAGCGAAAGUCCCUCCGUUCCAGAGGAAGACCCUGGUUCUGAUUGGUGCUCAGGGGGUGGGCCGUCGCAGUCUCAAGAACCGGUUGAUGGUUCUCCACCCCACCCGCUUUGGCACCACUAUACCAUACACCACGCGGCGGCCCCGGGACGAGGAGCUGGACGGCAACACCUACCACUUCACCUCCCGGACGGAGAUGGAGGCGGACGUGAAGGCCGGCCGCUUCCUGGAGCACGGCGAGUACGAUGGCAACCUCUACGGCACCAAGAUCGACUCCAUCCACGAGGUGGUGGCGGCCGGGCGCACCUGCAUCCUGGACGUCAAUCCGCAGGCGCUGAAGGUGCUGAAAACAGCCGAGUUCAUGCCCUUCGUGGUGUUCAUCGCGGCGCCGGACUUCGACACUCUCAAGGGCAUGCACAAAGCCGUGGUGGACGCCGGCCUGACGACCAAGCAGCUCACGGUAAGCACUGGUCACCUGUCACCAGCAGAAGCCACUGGGCACCUGUCACUAGUCACUGGGAACCGGUCACCAGUCACUGGGAACUGGUCACCAGCCACUGGGCACCGGUCACUGGGCACCCGUAAGCAGUCACUGGGCACCGGUCACUGGGAACUGGUCAACACUCGCUGGGCACCUGUCACCCAGCAGCAGUCACCGGUCAACAGUCACCGGUCACCCAGCACCAGUCACUGGGCACCGGCCACCAUGCACCAGUCACUGGGCUGCGGUCACCAAUCACUGGCCAGCACCCACUGGGCACCGGUCACCAGUCACUGGCCAGCACCCACUGGGUACCGGUCACCCGGCAGCGGUCACUUGGCAGCGGACGUGGACCUCAGGAAGACGGUGGACGAGAGCGCCAGGAUCCAGAGGGCCUACAACCACUACUUCGACCUGACCAUCGCCAACGACAACCUGGACAGGGCCUUCGAGACGCUGCAGGCGGCCGUGGACAAACUGUGCGGCGAGCCCCAGUGGGUCCCGGUCAACUGGGUGUACUGAGCGCUGCGCCGGGGUCCCGGGCGAUUCUGACCACAGAGGCCAAAGACGAGGAGCAUGGGGCAGAGAUGCUGCCGAGAAAAAUGACAACUACAACAACAACAAAAAGAAAUCUGAUUGCUCUUUCUCCUCUUGGGCUUGCACACUGUGCAACUUUUUUUCUACUCAAAGGGAAAGAGUGAUUAUUUAUUUUCUAACUUUUUAUCAAAGAUCUUUCUAUUCAGCGUUGGGAUAUCGCGGAGGAACGAAACUAAAACAUAAAUAGAUGUACUCUGGCCAUGUUUCUUGAAUUAAUGUUGUAGUGAUGUCUUCUUUUUUUGUUUUCUAUUUUGUCGUGGUUCCAUUUUAAGUCCCUGACGAGGACUGGUGGUAACAGCCGACGGAUCCAUGCCACGUCUGAGCAGCCCAUGUUUCAUCUUCAUCUCCAUUCCACUCAAUCCCUAAAUGUUUUAAGCGUAGCUGGCCCUUUACUUGUCUACUGCACCCCCCUGCUGGAGCAACCGGGCGGUGAUUAAGACGACUCCGGAGCCAUGGAAAGAAAACGAUUUUGUAACGGACCUGUCAAUGAUUUCACCCCUUAAUUUUGUCCAAUUUUGUUUUA